AACGAGCGCAGUGCGUGGGGGGCCGUUACGGCCGUUACUCCCCGCCCCGCUGAGGAGAGAGGCGUAGCUCCCGUUGCAUUCUCCCUUCUUUCGCGGCCGGCAUGUUUGUUCCGUGCGACCAUGGCGGGCCUUCCGCCACUUCCGACUUUAAAGGCUUCACUCUGCUCAUGCCAGCAGUGUCGGUGGGAAAUGUUGGUCAACUGGCAAUAGAUCUAGUGAUUUCCACGCUUGACAUGACUAAAGUUGGUUACUUCUACACUGAUUGCUUGGUGCCAAUGGUUGGAAAUAAUCCAUAUGCAACAGCAGAAGAAAACUCAGUGGAGCUGAGUAUAAAUGCUGAAGUGUAUUCGUUACCUUCAAAGAAACUUGUAGUUCUGCAGAUCAGAUCACCAUUCAUAAAGAAUAAGUACAGGCCAUUCUGUCAAAUGCUGCUUUCUUGGGUGAAAAGCAGUAGAUGUGCCAGAGUCAUUCUUCUGUCUAGCAGCCAUGCCUAUCAGCGAGAUGAUGAGCAGCUUCUUGGGACACCACUACGCUACCUACUUACACCUGACCUUGAGAAAGCAGUUGGAGGUCUUAUGCAGGAGCUAAACUGGAAAGAAAUGGAGAAAGUAGCAGCUUACCCUGGAAUAAAUGAUACAGAAAAAGUACUACAUAUUCCUGGAGGUGGCAUCACAAAACGAUUGUUUACAGAGAGCUGCUCAAAAGGAAUCCAAAUGGCAGUUCUUUUGAAAUUCUGCUCAGAAGGUGACAACAUCCCUGAUGCAUUUGCUCUUGUUAACUAUCUUAAUGAAUGGCUUCAGUUAAUUAAAAGUGAAAGUGACAAUUCCACAGAUACUUCUUCACAGUGGAAAAUACCAAGUUCUUGGCGCUUACUUUUUGGCAAUGGUCUCCCACCUGCACUCUUCUGAUCAAUUUUGAACUCCUCUGUAAGUCACAUGUGCAGUCUCAGAUGUCCCUUGAGAAGUUAUUAGUCAUUGCCAAGCAACCGCAGCUUACUUUGUGUCUGCAUUAAUUCUUUAUUUAAGAAAAAUUCCUUUAACAUACGUGGGUAGUAGCUAAAGAAAUGAA